CUAGUUUAGCUGAAAGUCCAGAAUGCAGGGAGAAGAUAAGUGAACUCAACAUUGUAGAAAAUUUGCUGAUGAUUUUGCAUGAGUAUGACUUGCUUUCCAAAAGACUGACUGCAGAGUUACUGCGCCUACUGUGUGCUGAACCUCAGGUCAAAGAACAGGUGAAGCUCUAUGAGGGAAUCCCAGUUCUCCUCAGUCUGCUGCACUCUGACCAUCUGAAACUACUCUGGAGUGUUGUCUGGAUUCUGGUUCAGGUUUGUGAGGAUCCUGAGACCAGUGUGGAAAUUCGCAUUUGGGGAGGCAUCAAGCAGCUUCUUCAUAUUUUACGAGGAGACAGAAAUUUUGUUUCUGAUCGUUCUUCUAUUGGAAGCCUGUCUAGUGCAAAUGCAUCGGGCCGAAUCCAACAGCUCCACCUAUCAGAAGAUUUGAGUCCACGGGAAAUACAAGAAAAUACUUUCUCUCUUCAAGCAGCCUGCUGUGCUGCCCUCACGGAGCUGGCACUCAAUGACACCAAUGCCCACCAGGUGGUGCAGGAAAAUGGCAUAUAUACAAUAGCAAAAUUAAUUUUACCGAACAAACAAAAGAAUGCAGCAAAAAGUAAUCUAUUACAGUGUUACGCUUUCAGAACCUUGAGGUUUCUCUUCAGUAUGGAAAGAAACCGACCACUCUUUAAGAGGCUUUUCCCCACCGACUUAUUUGAGAUGUUCAUUGAUAUAGGACAUUAUGUUCGUGAUAUUAGUGCUUAUGAAGGAUUGGUAUCGAAGUUGAAUUUAUUAGUGGAGGAUGAACUGAAGCAAAUUGCUGAGAAUAUUGAAAGCAUUAAUCAGAAUAAAGCUCCUUCGAAAUACAUUGGCAACUAUGCCAUUAUGGAUCAUCUUGGAAGUGGAGCUUUUGGCUGUGUAUACAAGGUUAGAAAGCGUAGUGGUCAAAAUCUUUUAGCAAUGAAAGAGGUCAAUUUACAUAAUCCAGCAUUUGGAAAGGACAAAAAAGAUAGAGACAGCAGCGUAAAGAAUAUUGUUUCUGAAUUAACUAUAAUUAAAGAGCAGCUUUAUCAUCCUAAUAUUGUACGUUAUUACAAAACAUUUCUAGAAAAUGAUAGGUUGUAUAUAGUUAUGGAACUUAUAGAGGGGGCUCCUCUUGGAGAACAUUUCAGUUCUUUGAAGGAAAAACAACAUCAUUUUACUGAGGAAAGGCUAUGGAAGAUAUUCAUACAGCUGUGCUUAGCUCUUCGGUAUUUACACAAGGAGAAGAGGAUUGUCCACAGAGACUUGACACCAAACAACAUUAUGUUGGGGGAUAAAGACAAAGUAACAGUUACUGACUUUGGCCUGGCAAAGCAAAAACAAGAAAACAGUAAACUCACAUCUGUUGUUGGAACAAUCCUUUAUUCCUGCCCUGAAGUGCUGAAGAGUGAGCCUUAUGGAGAGAAGGCUGACGUCUGGGCGGCAGGCUGCAUCCUUUAUCAGAUGGCCACGUUGAAUCUGCCCUUCUACAGCACCAAUAUGCUCUCCCUGGCGACAAAAAUUGUGGAGGCGGUAUAUGAACCAGUGCCAGAAGGCAUCUACUCUGAAAAGGUGACAGAUACCAUCAGCAGAUGCCUCACUCCUGAUGCAGAAGCCCGCCCAGAUAUUGUAGAAGUCAGCUCCAUGAUAUCAGACAUCAUGAUGAAGUAUUUGGACAGCUUAUCUACAUCCCAGCUGGCCUUGGAGAAGAAGCUGGAACGGGAACGGAGACGUACGCAGAGGUAUUUUAUGGAAGCCAACAGGAAUGCAGUCACAUGUCACCAUGAGCUGGCUCUGCUCUCUCAGGAAACCUUUGAGAAAGCAAGCUUGAGUAGCAGCAGCAGUGGAGCAGCCAGUCUGAAAAGUGAACUUUCAGAAAGUGCAGACCUUCCCCCUGAAGGUUUCCAGGCCUGUGGUAAGGAGGAAGACAGGGCCUGUGAUGAAAUUCUGUCUGAUGAUAACUUCAACUUGGAAAAUAUUGAUAAAGAUAUCUACUCAGAGCUAGAGGAUGAAUUGGAUAUUUCGGAUAACUGCAGCAGCUCCAGUUCAAGCCCUUUGAAAGAAUCUACGUUCAGCAUUUUAAAGAGAAGUUUUAGUGCCUCGGGAGGAGAGAGGCAAUCCCAGACAAGAGACUUGACUGGUGGAAUAGGAUCAAAACCAAGACCAGCUUUGCUGCCUCUUGACCUGCUUCUGAAAGUGCCACCCCUCAUGCUCAGGGCCCACGUUAAGGAUGUAGAGGCCGAGUUAGUGACAGGGUGGCAGUCCCAUAGCCUCCCUGCUGUGAUUCUUCGCAAUCUCAAAGACCAUGGGCCACAGAUGAGCACAUUCUUGUGGCAAGCAUCUGCAGGGAUUGCCGUGUCCCAGAGAAAAGUCCGCCAGAUCAGCGAUCCUAUUCAGCAGAUCCUAAUUCAGCUGCAUAAGAUCAUCUACAUCACGCAGCUUCCUCCAGCUUUGCACCACAAUUUGAGAAGGAGGGUCAUAGAGAGAUUCAAGAAAUCACUCUUCAGCCAGCAGAGUAACCCUUGCAAUUUGAAAUCUGAAAUUAAGAAGUUAUCUCAGGGAUCACCAGAACCAAUUGAACCCAACUUUUUCACAGCAGAUUACCAUUCACUCCGUCAGUCAUGUGGUGGAAACAGCCUGUCCUCAAAUGACCACACAGGUCUACCUACCCACUUUGAUUUGGAGGAGGGAAUAACAUAUGAACAGAUGCAGACUGUGAUUGAAGAAGUCCUUGAGGAAAGUGGUUAUUACAACUUUACAUCUCAUAGAGACACUGAAGACCCUUCCAAAGCAGGUAUCACUCUUAUCCAUGGAGGACCAAGAAUCACCCAACCAAAAGAUGAGAAUGCUGCAUUUUUAAUGAUGAUUUUCCCAGUGAGGUUCAAGUUUUGGACAUUCGCCAGUGAUGCCCAAGGAUUGGGUGCUGCUAGAAGAAUAUGGAAGAGAAAAGGCCCAGAUGCCAUGGUGCCCAUAGGACCUUUCUAGAGGUGUGGUGCUAGGCUGCAUGACAACUUCAGUGCCUGGAGGCUCUGUUCCCUAGAAUGCACUGGAUACAGGAUGCCAGGGCACUGUGCACUCCUGGGAGCAAAUGCUACAGAAUUCCUCUGUGAGAAGAUGACCCACUCCUCAUAGAACUUUCACCCAAGUUAAAAACAAACAGACCUACCUUCUUUUAUAUUCCAAAGGUUGAUGAUAUUAUAUUGACAGAUAUCUAGGCUUCCAUGUAUAAAGCAUAGUUUUAGAUAAAGGAAACCACAAGGUUCAGAAUAAUAAUUAUUGGGUGAUUCACUGUAUCCCCCAACUUUUUUAGUCUUAAAAGAUAUUUAAACUAUAUGAUUGAAUUUUUCCUGUUUGUUUUAACAAGAGGGGUGGUUCCAUCCUAACCACUUGGGUGCUAGUGAUCGUGAAUCAUGACCCAGUGUAGACAGUAUUUGGAAUCUUGCACAGCCUCUAGGCCACUGUCAAAGUGUCAGGUGUGUGUUGGGUUACUAGAAUAUAUUGGUGUACAGUAUGUAUAUAUGUAUAUACAUAUGGGGGAUAUGUAUAUAUACAUAUGUUGUAUAUACAACAGGGAGGCUUUGAUUAGGCAAAUGCUGCUACUCUAACUUAUAGUGUUUUUAGAGCAUUUUUAAGACUAUGGAAAAGAUGCAAUAUUCCUUAAUCUAACGCCUCCCUUACUAAAAUCACCUACAUUGUUGUAAGAUUUUUAUUGUUUAGGAAUUUGAACUGAAAAUAAGUUACGUAAUAAAAAUUAUAUAUUUUUCUUUAUUCAUUGAGAUACACCUAAAAAUAGAAAUCAAAAUGCCAGUGUCAAGCUCUUAUGUACGGAGAAUUUAUGAUGAAAAAUUUCUAGAUUCUUAAUGAGUGAAAAUCUAUUCAGUUGACUUCUGGUGUAACUUCAAGAAAGGCCAUUUUUGCCAAAUUGGACUGCACUUCUAACUACCUAAAGAACAUUUUAAUUUUAUAUAACUAGUAAUCUGAAAAGCUAGAAUAUACUUAUUUCCUUCUUACUGAAUUGUAUUAUAUUUAUUUACAUUAAUAUAUUUUAGUAUGAUUGUAUAGAAUUUAUCUCAAUAUAUCUACAGUGGUUGAAACAACAAUUUUUAGUAUAGCAUAGAAAAUCUUUUAAUGUAAAUCCAUACUAUAUUUUCAACUAAUAUAUCUAAUAGUUCAGUAAUACCCAACCCCCCUUUAACUAAUGCCUUGGAAUAUUUAAAUAUUGUCAAUGAAACUUUAAGUCAAAUUAAUUAAAAAUACAUGAUAAUUUAUAAUAAAGGAUGCAAGUACAGUAGUGGAAAAAUUUAGUUUCAGCUUUGCAAUCAAUCUGUUUGUGAAAUUUAGAUGUAGUAUCAGCACUAUACCUUGUUGAUUUAUAUAAACAAAAUUUUAUUCCUGUUCAAAUUUGAAACUACAUUACUACUUUUGAUAUCAUUUCUUUAAUGGAAGGGGCACUUUUCCUCUUGCAUGGGAGAGAAAGGCCCAGGGAGCACACAUUUUAACUGUGGUAGAAGUCAACAACUAGAAAUAAAUCAACCCAUAGGGGUGAAAAUAUAAAAAGUAAAGUUUUUCACAAAUGGCAAUAUACAGUAAACAAAGCUUAGAAAGGAAUCAUUUUCAGAGGUUACACCUUGGUAAGAAAAGGGCGACGAUUUAUAUAAAGGCUUUUUUUUUGUUUGCUUAUUUCUUAAAUAGAGGUAUUUAGUUUUAUUGACCAAAAGGGGAGCAAAUGGCUCCCUUCUUUCAGACCACACAGAUGGCAUUUAUUACUUCUAGAAGUCAGGAGGAAUUAAGGAAAGUAAGCAGACAGAAUAUACUUUUCAAUAGCACCCUUAAGCCCAUCAACUCUGUGCCUUUUGCCAAAGUCACAAAUGUGUUCUACUUGAAUCUCCUGAAGUUGCCUGGUCACUGAAUAAAUACUCUCCCAGUGCAAGACUUAUCUUCUUAGAGGAAGAGUCCUGUGUGGGGCCAUAGCCCAACAGAAAAUUAACUUUCCAAAUUGCCUGACUUGCAAAUAGGGAUCUCUCAUAAUAAAAUAAGCAGGAUUAUUAUAUUUGACCUACCUGAGCUGUCUUCUAGGGCAUAGAGUUUGUUGCUUGGAGUGAACAGUCUUCAUGAUAUAUAUAUUUUUUUCUUAAUGGAUGACAUUUAAGUUCUCUUCCAUUUUCCUCCCUCUUUAGAUGAUUUUAAAUUAUUUGUGGUAUACGAACCCUCUGAAUUCAUCUGACUCUCAGUCACUGAAACUCUCUAUGGGACAGAUUAUGCAUCAGCCAUUUCAGAUCAUUUUUGACACACAAAUCACUUCAGUGAACCAUGGUUAUGUUUUGAUCUGCCAGCUCUAUCUGAAUAUAUGUACUUGAAAUCUUAAUUUGCUUUUUUAAAAAACCAAAUGCUCCACUUUCAGGGAAGUGACUACAGCAGGCAUUUGUGCUUGCUGAUUAUUAACUUUGUCUUCUUUCAAAUGUGUGGUAAUUGGAGAGCUCUAGAGAGUAGUAAUAUGAACAACUAACUCAAUAUUUAUCAAUGAACUUUAGAAACUUCCCAAAGAAAUGCUGCUGGAGUUUAACAUGGGCAUUUGUGUGGUGUUCAGUGUUUUGGCAUUCUAAGUUAAACAAUAAUUGAAAACAAGCAAACAAACAAAACUGCUGGAGAGUUUACUCAAAUGAUAGACCUGAUUAGUAGCUAAGAUCUUCUUUGAUGUAGCAUUGAUGACUCAUUACACUAUGAAUUUUGUUCAAAACAAAUUGUUUAAAAAUAUAAUAUUGAUUGAUUAUGUGAAGUUCCAGCAAUAUCAUUAGUUACUCACUGCUCAUAUUUAAAAUGUGUAAAGAUAUAAUAUUGUUUUGAUAAUCUGUCAGUAUUAAUAUGUAUGGAAUCUACAUUCCUCAUUUUUAUUUGAUGAAUUGCAAAGUAUACAGGUAUUUUUUUUCUUUCUUAGUGUGUGUAUAUGUGUGGGUGUAUGAGAGAGAGAGAGAAACAGAGAGAGAGAGAGAGAGCUGAGUACUGAUCUGCCAUUUAUAAUGUUCAUUGUAUUUCUUCUUGUUCUAUAGUGCUGGGUAUCAAACCCAUGGCCAUAUACAAGGCAUAUGCUCUACUGUUUAGUAAUUUCUCUGGCCUCAGAUUAUCCCUCCCACCUUCUAUCUCAUUAUUCUCUGUGUCAUUCUCUUCCUGCCUCCCUCUUAUGAGGAACUGUUUGCAGUUAAUAUUCUAGGUUAUUUUGGAAAUAGCUUCUACCUAAAGGUGGGAAAAAAAUCUCUUCAAGUUUUAUGUGUGUGUGUUUUUUUUUUAACUUUCUUAAUGGUAUAUAUUCAUGAACACAGAUCAGUUGCUGAAGAAAUGUAAAGGAAUCAGGACAGAAAUAGCUUUUCAGCACCCUGAAGAUGUAGCUAUGAAGGGCUCCUAAAAAACAAAAGACAAUCUCUCUGCACUGACCUUGAUUCUUUGAGUAAGAUUCCAUCCAAACAUGAAAUUCUUCAAUUUUCAACCACUAAACAUGUUAGCAGAAUGUAUCCUUUGAUGGAGAUUGAUCAGUUGUGAAUAGAUGAUUUUUUCUUUUUU